AUGCUUAAAGUUGGAGAUGAGUUCCGCCACCGGUUUUCCUAUACGCAGCAGGACGUUAAUGAUUAUGCCCGUAUCAGCGGCGAUACAAACCCAUUACAUACCGACGAGGCGGCCGAUCACGAGUAUGAGGCUGUUGUGAAAGUAAAAGAGAUAUUCCCGGAAAAAAACAGAAUUACUUAUGAAUGUGCAGUUUACGAUCCCGCCAGUGGCGACCAGACCAUUGCCGGCGAAGCCACAUUGCUAAAUAAAAAGCAAUACAUCUGGGAUUAA